AUGGCUACUUCAAGAUCAUUCAUUUUCUCUAAUCUCUUCGUUUUCUUCCUUGUUAUGGCUACAACUCAUGGUCAGGCUCCAGCUCCAACACCUUCAGGUCCAACAAACAUAACCGCGAUCUUAGAAAAAGCUGGUCAAUACACAUUGUUCAUAAGACUUCUCAAAAGCACUCAAGCUUCAGACCAAAUCAACACUCAGCUCAAUUCAUCUUCAAGCCAAGGCUUAACCGUGUUUGCCCCGACCGAUAACGCCUUUAGCAGCCUCAAAUCCGGUACCUUAAACUCGUUAUCCGAUCAGCAAAAGGUUCAGCUUGUACAGUUCCAUGUUCUUCCUACACUCUUGACUAUGCCUCAGUUUCAAACCGUUAGUAACCCCUUACGCACGCAAGCUGGUGAUGGGCAAAACGGUAAAUUCCCUCUUAACAUCACUAGCUCCGGUAACCAAGUCAAUAUCACCACCGGAGUUGUGAGCGCCACCGUGGCUAACUCUGUCUAUAGCGAUAAGCAGCUCGCGGUUUAUCAAGUCGAUCAAGUUUUGCUACCAUUAGCAUUGUUUGGUUCAAGCUCAGCUCCUGCUCCAGCCCCUGAGAAAGGCGGCUCGGUUUCAAAAGGUUCAGCUUCCGGUGGUGGCGACGAUGGAGGAGAUUCUACUGACUCAUCUGAUGCAGAGAGAAUCGGAUCCGGGUUUGGGAUCAGAAUCGGCAUUGUUGCCACCAUUGCUGCUUCUUCUCUAUGGAUAUAA